AUGAAGUCUUCAUUCUUCCUCGCGCUUGCGUACAUCGCCGCGAGUGUUUGGGCCGCUGGAUAUCAGGGAUGUCUUGAGCGCGUGUUGUUCUUUUACGCCUACCAAAUCGACGGGCUCAACGACCCCGAGGCCCAAACCCUAGGCUUCAAAUGCAAAAAAUGGGACGACAAAACCGGAAGUUGUGUGAACAAUGAGUGGGUAGCGUGCAGAAGCAGGGACGGCGGCAGAUGCAACUUCAAUGAACUCAUGGCCUCCCUGGGCAAAACACGUCCCAACGACAGCCUGGUCGGCCCUCCCGGGGCAGAUCAAAACACGGCAAGGCCUAAUAUUCAAGAGACUGCUAAGACGCUCUACACGAAGGGCGCAAGCGGCGAUUUCAACGCCUACACUUUGAAACUCGGCAAUUUGGUCAAAGAUGCAUGGCUCCACAAGACCGACGCAAACAAGCACAUGUGGGAUGACUUCGAUGCCACUCUAGAGAAAAUCAACAUUGCGCGGGCCGGGGAUCACGGUCCAUUUCUCAUCGAAGAGGUCAAAGCCAAGCUGGGGAUUCCCAACGAGAUGGAGAUCAAGUUGAUGAAUUUGGGGGCCAACCCCAUUUCGAAUCCCACGACGCAAUGGGAGACCGUUGACCGGAAGGCCACUGCUGAUGCGGCCAAGGCCAAAGGCAUCAGUAAUGUUGACAAGCUCAUCAAAGACGUUCGCACUCACUGGUAUACGACCGAUAAAUCAGCCAGUGAACACUAUGCGCUCUUUAAGACGUAUAAACGGGUCGGAGACCUGAUGCAGUCGUGCCGAAUGUAG